AUGGAAAGAAUGAAGAUAAACCGCUAUCAUGGUAUGUUGAAGGCGGAGUAUCGGGAGUUCAUAAUUCCCGCUAAAUGUGAAACCUUGAAUGAGCUCAUCAACUUGGCCCGAGAUAGGGAGAUUGAGCUAAGAAGACAGGCGGAGAGAGGUGAGAAGAGAGUGUUUGAGAAUGUUCCCAGCACGAGUCCGUCAAAGAAACAGAAAUUUCAAGAUCAGGGCAAGAAGGAUAAAGCGAAGGGUAGCAUUCCAAAAUGCAAAACUUGUGGAAAGUUACACACGGGGGAGUGCUUGAAAGGGAAGAAGGGCUGUUACAAUUGUGGUCAAGAGGGACAUCCAUACUAUAGGUGUCCUAAUCCUUCCAGAACGUGCUACAAUUGUUUCCAACCGGGUCAUAUUAAGGCUGAAUGUCCCAAGCUUCAACAGAAAACCGAUAAGGAAGCAAGAAAGGAGGAAGCCCCAAGAGCUAAGGGGGUGAUGUUUCAGAUCACGACUGAAGAAGCAAGGGACCACCCGAGUGUUGUAUCAGGUAUAUUCUCAUUGAACUUGAUGCCUACGUACGUGUUAUUUUAUACUGGGGCCAGUAGAUCGUUUGUAUCAGGUGAAUUAGUGUCACACCCCUCUUUUAGAAUCGAAAGAAUGCAUGUGCCAUUAGAAGUAGAGAUAGCUGAUAGUAAGAGUUAUUUGUUGCACGAAGUUUGUAGAAAUUGUGAAAAUAUCAUUGAAGACGAGAAGUUUGCCAUUGACCUUAUUCCCAUGGUAUUGGGGGAAUUUAAGGUUAUAGUUGGCAUGGAUUGGCUAGCUAAACAUCAUGCCGAAAUUCAAUGUGAGAAGAAGGUGAUUCAUGUGUUAACACCGGGAGGAAAACGAGUAAGUAUACAAGGGGAAAGGAAUAUUAAUUCGAAGCUUUGUUCUAUAGUCCAAGCAUACAAGUAUGUACGAAAUGGAAGCAAGGCAUUUCUAGCCUACGUGGUGGAUACUAAGCAGAAUACCCCUAAGAUAGAAGAGGUUGAAGUCGUGAACGAGUUUCUUGAUGUUUUUCCGGAAGAUUUCCUGGGGCUUCCACCAGAACGCGAAGUGGAUUUUAAGAUUGAAUUGUAUUCCGAUGCCAAAGCCGUAGCCAAGGCUCCUUAUAGGUUGGCCCCAACUAAGAUGCGGGAGUUAAUGGUUCGAAUACAAGAAUUGCUCGACAAGGGAUUUAUACGCCCGAGCGUAUCGCCCUGGGGUGUAACGACUCACCCAAAAAUGUCCUAA